UCGUGUGGAGCCCCGGGACUGCAAUAGGUCUCCCAGGCCCGUGGCCGCGACCCGCGAUGGCGCUGCUGGGCGCGCUCGUCUGCUGCCUGCUGGCUGCCUGGCACUGCCGCCCCGGCUUCGGACUGCCUCUGGCUCCCGCUGGCGGCCCGAGUCCCAGUCCGGCGGUGGGACAGUUUUGGCAUGUGACUGACUUACACUUAGACCCUACUUACCACAUCACAGAUGACCACACAAAAGUGUGCGCUUCCUCGAAAGGUGCAAAUGCCUCCAAUCCUGGCCCUUUUGGAGAUGUUCUAUGUGAUUCUCCUUAUCACCUCAUUUUGUCAGCAUUUGAUUUUAUUAAAAAUUCAGGACAGGAAGCAUCUUUUAUGAUAUGGACAGGGGAUAGCCCACCUCACGUUCCAGUGCGUGAACUCUCAACAGAUGCGGUCAUAAAUGUGAUUGCUAAUAUGACAACCACAGUCCAGAGUCUCUUUCCAAAUCUCCAGGUUUUCCCUGCACUGGGUAAUCAUGACUAUUGGCCACAGGAUCAACUGCCUAUAUUCACCAGCAAGGUGUACAAUGCAGUAGCAAGCCUCUGGAAGCCAUGGCUGGAUGAAGAAGCUAUUAGUACUCUAAGGAAAGGUGGCUUUUAUUCACAGAAAGUUUCAACUAAUCUGAACUUUAGGAUCAUCAGUCUCAACACAAACUUAUACUAUGGCCCAAAUAUCGUGACCCUAAAUAAGACUGACCCAGCAAAUCAGUUUGAAUGGCUAGAAAACACACUGAACAUCUCUCAGCAAAAUAAGGAGAAGGUGUACAUCAUAGCUCAUGUUCCAGUGGGGUACCUGCCUUAUUCAAGGGGCAUCACGGCAAUGAGAGAAUACUAUAAUGAGAAACUGAUAGACAUUUUUAGAAAAUACAGUAACAUCAUUGCAGGACAAUUUUAUGGACACACUCACAGAGAUAGUAUUAUGGUUCUUUCAGAUAAAAAAGGAAAUCCGAUAAAUUCUUUGUUCGUGGCUCCUGCUGUUACUCCAGUGAAGAGUGUUUUAGAAAAACAGACCAACAAUCCUGGUGUCAGACUAUUUCAAUAUGAUCCUCGUGAUUAUAAAUUACUGGAUGUACUACAGUAUUACUUGAACCUGACAGAUGCUAAUCUAAAGGGAAAAUCUAAUUGGAAGCUGGAGUAUAACCUGACCCAGGCCUAUGACAUUGAAGAUUUGCAGCCAAAAAGUUUGUAUGAAUUAGCUAAACAAUUUGCAAUCUUAGACAGUAAACAGUUUAUAAGAUACUACAAUUACUUCUUUGUGAGUUAUGACAGUAGGGUAAUUUGUGAUGGGAAAUGUAAGGCCUUUCAGAUUUGUGCAAUUAUGAAUCUUGAUGUUAUUUCUUAUACAGAUUGCCUCAAACAAUAUUAUAUAAAGCAAAAUCCGUAGUAUUUCACAGUCUGUACUCAUAGAAAAUGUAUCAUUGCUCUGUUUCUGAGAUCAGUUUGCAGCAAUUGUUAUGCAAAACUUUGUGAGUUACUGAGUGGGCAAGAAGAAUUCCUGUCUUUGCUUUUUUAUG